AUGCUGUCCGAAAGUCAAGGCGAGGGUAGCAGCCUGAAAGGCCUAGAUGUCGAACACCUCUGUCCAUUCCAACGUGCUUUGCAACGUAUACUGGAGACGGAUAUAGCCGAGCAGACAUAUGCAGAAGUUCUUGACGGUUUGCCAUUAAGUGACUCGUAUUUGUCUUUCCAGUUUCCGCAAGACGGGCAUCCUGCACUUGGACAUGAGGAACUUUUGGAAGGCGCGCGGGAAAGAGUCCAUGGAUUUCGAUCAAACCUUGAUAUGUCAUCGCACUUGUUUGAAACUCCUGCCUUCAGGAAAUCAGCACCCCAGUCCAAAGAAUUCCAUUUAAGACUUAUUGAGCUGCUUGCGGUGAGCUGCCAUACGUUUGCGGUUAAGAUCUUCCAGCUGGAUGAAGUUGUCGAGAAACAUAAAAUAUACGAUAACUGGAGGGAGUUACCUAGAAAUAUGACGAAAUGGGAUUCAUUCCGCGACCCAACGGCCUUUGCGCAUGGACCUUAUAUCGCAGUUGACCAAUAUCCGAAUGGAGCUGCAGAUACUGUAGGAUACUGGGCUGAAGCAAGAAUAUUUGGUGGUGUCGUCGUGUUUGAUAGAGGCGAGGAUGGCACCGAGAGUCGACAGAUAUACUUCCAUGGAUGCCGUCGCAAGGGACCACGAACGAUAUACCCCCCGACAGACCAGCAAUUCGAACAAAUUAUCCAAUUUCUUCUUGACCAAGAUGAAAGUCAUGAUACUGCCUCGGCCAAUCCGUUUCCUAUUCUAGCGACACCGCAGAACCGUUGGCGCUGGGAUCCGUGGGACGCAAUGGCGCACCACAAUAUCUAUCGCGAUAGGUAUGAGCGGAAAAUUAGCCCAGCAAAAGAGAAGCCCUGCGUUCUGAACUCUAUCGACUGGCCCGAAAUCAAGGAUGAUUUAUACCUCAUCAAUGCGAUGCAUGAGCGGUUGGAGGGGAAGUCGUUGGAUGAAGAUGAGAUUGCAGCGGCUAAGGAGGGGCUGACCAAGAUCACACCGUCAUCGCCGUUAUGGUCAAAUGGGGUAUUGCGGAGAUACCAGGGAAUAUAG